GUGCUGGUGCUGGUGUGCUUGCCUGUGAUUGGCUGAUACCUAUGGAUUUGCAGAACUCGCAGUGACUUCAGCUGAAAGUGCCUUCCUUGAGAAGCUUGUAUUUGCGCCUGAACACCCUGUUGUUAGUGCAUAUAUCGUGUCAAAAAGGUGUACGCAUACGCGUUUUUCUUUUGACAGUCCGCUAAUAGUCUAUUCAUCGAAGACUGGAAGGGCAUCUAUGACAGUUGCAUCUGGGUUCUCGAAGAAUAGCUCGCUGAUCAUGCUAGUUGUGUCUUUGAGGCGGCCUGAAGCGCUGUGGUUGCAUGCAAAUGAUAGGCGGGUAGUUCGUGACCAAUGGUUGAACCAUUAAAGAGACACGUUGUUUGUGCACUGCUCGCUGUAAUAGACCAACUGGUGGAUGCGAGUCAGGUGAACGUGCGGAGCGCGUUACAUACUAGAGGUGUGUCUUGCUUGAACAGUACCAGUUCUCUACGUCCCCUCGCUUGUCGUAGACACGAAUGUGGUAGGGCGCAAUACCAUGCCUGGAAUCAAAAACUUGUAGAUAUUGUUGUUAAUCACGAUCACGAUUUAAUGCACUGUUUGUUUCUGCUGUGUUAUAGACUUCCUACGCUGCAGAUUCGCCUGCCAGUGCGACCCAGUCUUUUCCGCCAGAAGUGGUGUCGAUUUUCUAAGCGUACGUCCAGGAUGGAGUAGGUGGAGUAGGCAGUAGGAAUAGAAUGGAGAGAUGGGUAUGGGGACUACCUAGAUCAUAACUUGGA